AUGUUCAAAGCUGCAAACGGCAACAAACUAAUCCUCGCCCCAAUCGACCUUACCAAACCUCAUCUCCACAUCCUUGAUAUCGGUACCUACGAUGGCACAUUCCUGGUCGACUUGUCCAACAACUUCAUUCCCUCGAGCGCUCGUCAGACGGACAGCAUCCUCGGGAUCGACCUCUUCGACGCCCAUUUCCCAGCCCAUCCCAGCGAGGGCAUGCGCUUCCAGAUCCAAAACUUCCUUGAGCCGUGGCCGCAAGAACUUCUCGGCUCCUUCGACCUCGUCCACCAACGCCUCAUGCUCGCGGGCGCAGGCCGCAACACGCGCGCUAAUCUGACCCAGACGCUCCGCCUCGUGAAGCCGGGCGGCUGGAUCCAGCUCGUGGAAGCCGAGCAAGCGAUUGGUCCCAAUGACGGGCCAGCAAUGCAGCAAUUCCUCUUGCUGAUGGGGGAGCUAUUCGGCUUCAUAGGCGUGCCGAUGACGUAUGCGCAUGAGCUGGCUCAGUGGCUUGAGGAGGAAGGGUUCGAGGAGGUUGAGACGAGGGUUGUGCCGAUUCCGUAUGGGUGCAGGCAGCCGGAUGCGGAGUUAAGGGAGAAGGGGUACAGCUCUAUGUCUGUGGGCUUGCAGGGUAAGUUGAAACAUACAAAGAUGAUUCCUGGAGGCCUCAAGUCGCUGGAUGCGGCGGAGUUGGAAAUGCUGGCUCCGAGAUUGAUUAAAGAGAUGGAAGAGAGGGGCGCGGAGUACGUUAUGAGGUAUGCUUGGGGAAGGAAGCCGGUGGCUUGA